UGUUGUUCGGCUGUGCCGUGUUUGCAUCUGCAUUUGUAGUUGAUUUGUCGACUGCAACAGUUAGUGGCAUAAGAAAAAGAGCUAUCCCGGAUAGUGAGGCGGGCCUCGGCGGAAUUGUCGUAAACAGCCAGAGUUUGGAGUAUGUUGAACCCGAACUACCAUUACACACCUUCCGAGUAUCAAUGAUGAACAAUGGCGAAGAUUCAGUGAGAAUAUCUCAACAAAAUUCUGUGCCAGACGGCGUGGAGAUUCGUUCUUACACUUUCAGCUACUAUAAUGGCGGACAAAUCACUAGGGAGCAAGAGAGAGCACAGACUACUGGAGGGAUGCACAGUCUGCAAUCAGGAGAAGAAGGCAUUUCUAAAAUGACAUAUAUCAAUCACCCGGAUCAAGUUUUGGAAGCUGAUUCUAAAAUCUUCCAUAUGCUGGAUUCACGCAUUUUAGUGCUAGGAGACAAUGUAGUGUCUGGAGAAAUUUCCACUCCGAAUUUCCCUGAUAACUAUCCGAACGGAUCCGACAUUUCAUGGAUGAUUGCCUAUCCCGAAGGACAUACAAUCGACCUUAACAUAGUAGAAUUUGAAACGGAGAAAUGUUGCGAUCAUCUGAUUGUAUACGAUGGGAUGAAUACGUCUACUUCUAAUGCUUUAGCAAUUGUCGACGGAGUCAUUGAAGGCAAUGAUUCUUCAAUCGCGAGUACCGGUAACGCACUUUUCCUUCGCUUCUCAUCAGAUUGCUUGAUCUCUAGAAGCGGAUUCAGGGCGACUUUUGUCAAUAUUCCACCAAUCCCACCCACACCGAUGCCAUGCGGUUCCGUUAUAUUAUCAAGUGAGGACUCAGGCUUUGUUUUGUCACCCAACUACCCAGAACCAUAUGAUGGCGGUAUGAAUUGCACAUGGGAAAUUCUGACAUCGAAUACAACGAGAGUUGAAUUUACAGUUGACAACUUCAACACAAAUGACUAUGACAGGCUAUUCAUAUACGACGGUACACCAUCCAACCCAGGUGAUCUUUUAGCUACACUGUACGGAAGUGUUUCAAGUGGGUACAGCGUGAAUGCAAACUCGAACAAUGCCUUUCUUGUUUUCAAUUCCAACUCCUCAUCGUCGCCAUCUAACGGUUUUAAUAUAUCAUAUGAAGGAAUUAUUUAUCACGAACCGACAACGACCCCAGUCGAAACAACAACUGAUUUAUCCUAUAAUCCACAAUGUCAUGGAACACAGUAUUUAACGGAAGCUCCAGGUAUAUUAUCUCCAGGUUACUUUGUUCCGAAUGCAUAUCCAAAUGAUGUCGACUGCCAAUGGAGAAUAACGUAUCCUGGCUACAUCUCAAUGAAAUUUUGGGUUCAUGACUUUUCGAUUGAGUAUAAUUACGACUGGGUAAGAAUUUACAACGGAUUUGGGACUGAUUCGUCUAAUCUUCUUGCACAACUCACAGGUUUUAUAGAAGACCACGUCCUUGUAGCUACCACUUCAUCGCCUGACGCAACUUUACAUUUUCAGUCAGAUCGCGUCGGUACAGACAAAGGUUUCUAUUUCCAUGUUUAUGCUGGGGAUCCUGAUCCAUCCUUGUACACGACCAAUGUACCUGAAGUUCCGACAGAACCCGCGGCAGGCACUUGCUCUGAGACAGUUUAUUUGACAAAUUACACAGGAUACAUAUCUCCACCAGGUUAUCCAAGUGAUCAAUACGAAAACGAUCUCGACUGUCGAUUUUCCAUCCAAACCCCACCAGGUACUUUUGUACGAAUGACCAUAGAGUUUUUCGAACUGGCAAUGGAUGAUUAUUUGUACAUUCACGACGGACCAGCUGUCAACAGCACGGUUACUCACACACUGAACGGACACAUACCACCCUACACUUACAGUGCAGACAUGUCGUCAAAUUCCGCUCUUGUUCAAUUCGUGUCAAAUUCGCAGAACACUGAUUGGGGAUUCAACAUCAGAUAUAAACCAGAACCGCCAAUUGUGUAUGAUAGCUGCGGGGCCGAUAUUUACCUCCUCGAUGGAAUAGUCCAAUCACCAAAUUACCCUAAUGGUUAUGCGGACCUCCUUGAUUGCUACUGGACAGUCUAUGCGUCUUCGGGAAAGUGUGUUUUGUUUACCGUAAUCGACUUCAUGACCGAAUCUUGCUGUGACUAUGUAGAUAUAAGAGACGGUACACCGAGUCACCCAUCUCCAAAUCGACUCGCGCAUAUCAGCGGAGAUGACUAUCACUUCCCCAAAGCUGAAAUUCUGUCUACAACCUCAACGGCAUUCAUGAAUUUCUAUAGCGACAGCUCUAUUACCGAAAAAGGAUUCUCCAUGAAAUUUUCUGAAGUAAAUUGCGAUUAUCAGGCGUCGCCGUCGAGAGGUAUUGCUCCAAGUAACACCUUGAAUGUAGAUCCUUAUCCACAGAAAUCAAACGAGAGAAAUCGCGCCAGGGAACACGAGAGAGGUUCCAAUAUCAUAGGGCGAAAUCUGUGGCCAAAGUCGACAAACAGGCAAGAAAAGGGGCGACCCAUUGACAACAAAGAUUAACAUUGAAUUUACACGGGGCUUGCUACAUGACUCAAUGUUUUGCAAUUUCAACUUUGUGCUAUUUAGAUUAAUAUUGACUAAAAUGUAUUCUAUGAAGAUUUGACUAUAGUUGAAAAAUGUUAGAAAUAUCCAUAUUUAAAUGUCGAUACAUUGAUUAUCUAUGAAACAAUAUCAAUCCAAGACCUAAAAUUAGAGACAAGUUCCGAAGUCACGUCCAGACAUCAUGUAGUCUCUCGUAGCUUUUUAACCUAAUGAGUGAAUACUCUAGAAUAUAUCUACUUUAAUUACCUAUAGCACUCUAGUAAUUGUAUCUAUCUUCUGUAUUAUCAAUUCGAAAUAAACUAUGU